AUGUCAUAAACAGAACUCAUAGAACUACACGAAUCCAUUCAAGUUUAAAACAAACUCAAACCAAUUUUAAAAUAUAACAACAACACCUAUUUAACCACUAACCCCAGAAUGGAUGCAGCUGGCAAUCACAUUAUUAAAGGAGGUAAUCACAAGAUUUCCUUCUUGCCGAUCUCGAAUGAACAAUCUCUCAACGUUGUCACUUCCAGCAAUAUUCGAAUCUAGAGUGAGUCUUCCGAAUCUGAUUAAGAAAUUAAUGAAAGUAACUCUACCUUACAUAAGAAACCCUUUCUAAAUUUAAAAGGAAAAAACUGUCAACAAACCUCACCACUCACUGUAAAUGAAUCAAACUGUUGUAUAAUAUUUUGA